GGCCGCUGUUUUUCUUACUUGUGACGCCCAAAGGUUCAUCUUCUGCAGCUCCAGGUCUUAUAAUGUUUGCAGGGGGCCCUUUCCUCCAGCUCUGUGAGAUCGAAAGGGCAGUCCUGGUCCCCAGUCGUUUUAGCUUUGACGUUAUAGGAGCCAAACCGUACGGUAGACUCUGCAUAAGAGUUGGUGGUGGGACAGGAGGGGGGCGCGCAUCUGUUUGACGCUCUGCAGGAUCGAGCUUGGAGCCGAGGACAAAGGUGGGGGCGAUGCGGUUGGUGGACGCCAUAUUGUGGUUGCUUGGACCAAAAAGGAUUCAGUCUAUUGGGUGCGGUCAGAUUUAAGAUCUGAGGAGCCCGUAAACAAUGGCAAAGGUGCGCCCUUUUGAGCUGCGCAGAGCUCAAUUGUCUUGGUUUUGAAAGCAGUGCACUGGCAGACGCUGAGUCAUAAAGUCACACCUAAGCCUACACUGCAGCUAGCUGUAUCUAGCUCAGCUUGGAACUUGGAUAUUUUCACACCAGUUUGGGAUGACCGCAUUUCUCUGUCCAGCGCGCCUGUUAGGGUUCCUAGCAGCGCAGGUGUUAAUAUCUUCUGGCUUGCUGACUAGGGUUGUAACUAAGAUCAGUCCUGGGUCAACCCUAACAUUGUACAAUUUGCAACGAGGUGGGGGGACAUUCCUGCGCGCAUGGCUGACAUUCUGUCCUUUCUUGAGACCUGCUCCGCACAAAUGAUCAACCAGGACAGCAAAAGGAGGCUGCAAAAGCACGUGCAAAGUGAGCUGAGCUAUUUGAGCAGGGCCACCAGCGGCGCAGGAGCGGAACUAGCUUCUGUGAGUUCCAAUCUCAACCAUCUUGAGGCUAUCGCGUCCCUGCUCAAGCACCCCGAAAUCAGCUGUGUGGUUAACAUCCUUCAGACCAUCAGCUUCCAGAGACAACUCCUCAGUGGUGCUGCUUCCAGCCUAAGAAACGGCACAGAGCUUUGCACCGCAGCGGUAGACCUUGUCUGCUUGUUCAGAGGCGAGCCAGCCUGGAUUGUCGUAUCUGCUCGCAACCCUGACUUUGUAAGCUGGAACAACCUUGGAGACGAAGAGAAGCCAUCUUCUUCGACAAAGUCUUUUCACGGCCCCUCAACAACCACCUCCGGUGCUCCCUUGACUAGCCCAGGAGCCUCGUUCAAUUCUCUGAAAGAGCCAUCGAAGCCAGCUGAACUUCCUUCGGAGGCUUUGAGCGCCAGUACUCUCAGCCAGACGCGCAGGCCAAGGCCAACCCACGACACAUGCUUGAAGGACCGCAUUGCCGGACUGUUAGAUGCGGCCAGGGGGUCAAGCCAACUCCACAGGCCAAGCAAGAUUGUCCUCUAUUUCGCUCGCGGCCUGCAGGCGUCCCUUCAAUCACACCUUCUGGAAACUUUUGGAGCCGUUCCUUGUGCGCUGAUUAAGUCACUGGGUUUUGAGAUCUCUCUAAACCCCGACCCGAGUCAAGAACGACCAACGCAUUUAGGCAGCCAGGUAUUGGACGCAAUAGGUAGGAGGCUCUCUGCGGAUAUGGCCCCAGAUUCAGAAGCACUGGCGUGGUCCCUGGUCGAAAGCUUUCCCAGCCCUACCCCUCCCGUCCGUCCCACAUCCCCCUCAGAUGACGCCAGCAAGGGGGCUGAUGGCGUCAGCAAAGAGUGGAUAGUCCUGGAAGACCCUUGCGUUCCUACUGAUCAGAGCCCCUGUGAAAAGGACUCCUUGGCGAGUGCCUCUGGAAGGGAGGAAGCGAACAGAGGAAGUGUGGUGGUGAGGGGAGGGUUAACUGCAACCGGGAGCAGGGUUAGGGGCCAGGUUAUGAACGCGGUCCGACAGCUGGAGAAUGGAGAGGGAUGUGCGAACGAUGGGCAUUGUGCAGCAGCCGAGAAUUCCACCAAACGCGGACAGCUGGAGGCGUUGCAAACGGCGCCUACGCUUGAGGGCUCGUUUGUUGCGAUUGACGGCCCGGAAGGCAGCUUCGAGAGUGGGGAUAGCCUGGGACCCGGAGAGACGGCGGGCGAACUAGGCCCGGGGGCAAAGAGUCCGGCCCCGUUGGAAAAAGGCUGGGUGGCGCUCCGCUUGGGGGACGACGUUUCUGCUUUUCAGUCAUCCCUUGCGAACGGGCCUUCAAAUCUUGGAAGCGGUUCAAGGGGUGAAGACAAGGAGUGGGUCGCCCUUUCAGCCGCUGGGCCUCAAGGGAAGGCAUUGCCUAGGAGUGACGUCACCAGGGGAGAUGAAAAAGGGGGCCAUUGGAUCGGGGUUCAGCAACCCGGGCUAACGAUCAAGACUUUGGAAGCAGUCCCUGGGGAGUGGGUCGGAGUUGCACGGUCAAUCACCGAGUCGGAGCAGAACAUAGUCCCGGAACGGACAGACCGGAAAGGGCACGACGAUACCAACGGAACGAAGGGCGAUCCGUUUUCAGGAGUGCAGAAGGCGAGCAGCGUGAAAGCUGAGAAGAGAACAGAAUCAAAGGAAGAGCAGAAAGAGAGUUCGAAACAGAAGAAACCAGAGAGGAACGGAAUUUGGGGAAACGGAACGGAGCCAGGCGGACCAAGUAGAAUGACAGCGGCGCCACAGUUGGCCCAGCUCUCUGCCGUCAGGUGUACAAAAUCCGCGACAUGUGGCACGACCCCGGACGUCCGAAGAACGCAAUCGGAAGAGCACGGGGAAGACGGUUCCGGGUUAGCCGAAGGUCGGUUCCGGACGCUUAACCGGGUUCCGCUGAGUGCUCGGCCAGCCUCAUGGCCGGCGGGGUUGAAGCUGGUUAACUUAGACACGACGGCCCUGGUUGCGCUCGUCUCGGGGAUAACCAACGGCGCAGCGGAGGGGCUCCGCACGAUGCCGGAGCAAGUGUUCAGGGAGCGGUGGAAGGGAAACGCAGAUUUUAUGCGCGACCAGGUCGAAGCGGAGCUGCAGUACCCGCAGCUGCCCUACUUAGAAUCGGUCUCCGCGGACAAGGCCCUCCUGGUCACCCAGUACGUCUUGCGGGAGUUCGUUUCUAUUGUGAGCGUCGUCGGGGGCGAGGAGGAGCAGGCGCGCGCGGAGCGCGUCCUCAAGCGGUGCUGGCUCAUCGCGGACAGUCCCUCGGACCGCCUCCGCAGCCUGUCCCCCAGCCGGGCAAUCAAAGCGCGCCACGUGGCGAUCUUCGGCACGGCGGACGCCUGGUCCUGUCCGACGCUCACCUCGAACGCGGCAUUCGCGAGAGCCGUCCAAAAGCAGGGGGUGCCGCUCUGGGUCCUGGAGCACCGCCCGAGUGCGCUUGUGGGCUGCUGACACGUGGCGCUUGCGGGGGGCUGACACGUGUCAGGAUCAGUGGAACGUCGAAAGGCUGGACGCCGAGAUAAGGAUGUUGAGAGCAUGUACGGCAGUAAGAUGUAGGUCUGGUGCGAGUAGCCUCGUAGAAAUGCACAAGAGAGAGCGCAAGUAACAGCUUUUCGAAACAGAGCAGGUUCAGCGACGGUAACAAAGACGGUGAGGUAGAUGUACAGUGGCUCGCCUUAGGAGGCAGAUGCUUCACGAAAAUUGUAAAGUGUGCUCGCGGAUGCUACAUUUGGAACUGGCGUGCAGAAAUAGGACUGCGGUUCAACCGACGAGGGGCCAAAAGAUGGUUGAGACCACGCAGCACUGUAAGAGCGGACUCGCCACGAUACUUAUACUCUAGCUUGAGGGAAGAGAAUUCUCUGUUAGGAGGCAAGUUUGCCCGAGAAAACGAUAGAACGAGAAUAGUUGUUCGAUUGUGAGCCAGCGAGACCCUGUACUGAGGAAACAAUUGAGGCAGUUUUUUCCUUGAAGGACGAUCCGAGGCCGGGCUCGUUCGCGUAGCCAGCCCGAGCUUCAGAAGGCUAGGUGUGAACAUCGAGGGCCGACUGUCAGUAUCUUUUUAAUGAGCGAAGGUCUACACUUUUGGUGACGUUCUUACCUUGAACCUUGCAAGAACCGUCCUCGAAAUUAAGUAAUGGUGUAAGCGCG